UUGAACUGAUGAAAUACGAAAUAUCAAGAUCUUCAGCCGAUUUACCAUUCUUCCAGUACAUUUAUUUACUUUCAUAAUAAACUCCUGAUUUCAUCCAAUUCCACAAUUCCAUUUGAGCUUGGCUCCUCGUACUUGUGACCGACCUCCUUGACCAUGCUGUCAUUUGCUUCACACUGUUAACCAUCCCCCAUUCCUUCUUACACACAUUUACUGCUUGCCCAGUAAAUAAUAAUACGUGCGAACAUGAGUGUAAGUAGAGUAUAUCUAGAAGGACACAAUGCUCUAUACAUUUGCUUACAUAGUUUAGCGUGAACAAUCGAAAGCGGCCAAUUAUAUUCAACUCCUGGACACGGCUCGUAGUGAAGGGAAUUGGGAUUCUGUGCCAGAACUUGUCAGAAAGAUUAGGAAACAUGCGCCUACCCGAACAUGUAUGUUCUUUUUACCAUGUUCCUUGAAUCGAUAUUUUAUUCUCAGGAUCCUGGCACUGAUGUUCGGUAUUAACCUGUUGCAAUAGGUCUCACGUUGACUGCAGAGACUGAACAUGCGGUCACACAACACUAUCUUAAUACCCGACCAUCGACAGCGGGCUCCACAUCCUCGAACCUCUCCAGAUAUAUACAACCACUCCAAGAAGCUAUAGCGAACGAGCGGCAACAUGUCGAGGAUGAUUUCCAGGCGCAGGUCUGUAUUGCUUGGAUACAUUGGCAUAUGGGAGAGCACGAAUUGGCAGCUUCGAGUUUACCUGCGAGUAUAGAAGGCGAGUUUUCGCAGCUUGAUGGGACCAACAAAGAAUCGAACGAAUGGACGAAAGUGUGUGCACUCAAGGCAUCAUUUAUCAAGGGGGAUUCGCAACGAAGAAUUGGAAAUGUGCCAGAAGCAUUGGAAACGUUUGAUUCGGCUUUGCCUAUACUUGGAAGCAUAUCAACUACAACACAAGCAAACGGCCGGAAGGAAUUGAUCGGUUGGAUUGAAGAGUUAUUGGCAGGAUUUUGCAUGCUAGCAAGUCAUGCUAUCAGAACAAAGAUAACCCCUAUACUCGAAACCGAGACGUUGUCAUCCUUUCGCGCUUGGUCUCGAUUCUGGGAAUGGGCUCCAACCAAGCCGGUUGGCCGCACAAUGAAUGCUCAAGUCUCAAGGCGAGAAGUCUGGAAAGAAUACUAUAUCACAGUAUCCGAUCUACUCCAAAAACAACUACCGUUUCCCACCACAGCCCUGACCAUCGCAUACCCUGACUUAUCAUUGAGAUCGGAGCAACGAGCAGAAUUAAAACGAGUGGAAGCACGCUACGAGGAAUUGUUAUUAAUUGAAGUACAGUUUCCGAAGGCGGAAGAGCCGAGUGAGGAAGUCGAAACAUUUGUGGAAUUAGUCAUGCAAAACUGGAGAAUUUUGUGUGGGAAUUCAUGGGAAGAACAUGAACUUGGCGAAGGGGGAUCAGAAGCGCUUAGCAGAGGGGUUUUGGACAUCCUGUAUAAUGCCGCAACCAAGACAUUCCAUUCCACGCCAAUUUUACGGCAUUUAUUCACUGUUCAUAUUGCAGUCGCGGAAUUUGAUUUAGCGUUCAAAGCAUUUGAUACCUAUUUGGAGAUUGUGAAGAGAGGGAAAGCUCGGGUAGAGAAAACAGGGGAAUUGGAACACGGUUUAGAUGACGAUGAAACAGUGUUAAAAACCGCUGCUGAGUGUAUCAGGGCUCUAUGUCGAUAUGGCUCAAGAGAAGCCUCAGAGAAAGCGAAAGACCUUGGUCACUUUUUUGAGGAGUGGCUGACUAAACACCAUCCACUCGAACAGCGGAAUGGAACCGAGCGGCUAAUCGAAAAUGGCACCUCGGUGGUGUCAAGCACUCUUAUAUCGCCAAAAGUAUUUGCUAUUGCUUGGCGGUCAAUUGGAAUUGGCUAUUCGCAAUGGGCACGAUUAACUUUCGAUACAUUUUCGAGAGGGAAUAUUCAACUGAAGGCUAUAAAAUGCUUUCGGCGGGCUCUUCUUCCAGAAUAUGAAAGUACAGCAGAUGUUGAAACCCUUUUCGCAUUAGGCACAAUCCUUGCAGAGCGCAGAGAAAUAUCUACCGCGAUUGAAGUUGUAAAGGUCGGACUUGCUCCUCUACGUCCCAGUUUACCAAAUGGCAACGGCUCAUUUGUUACGACCAAAUUUGCACGAGAAAGAUCUUUGAUACCUUUAUGGCACCUCAUGGCUUUACUUCUGAGUGCACGUCAAGAUUUCAUGACAGCAGUGAGAUCUUGUGAGGGGGUUUUUGACCAAUUUGGAGAACGAAAAAACCUGUAUGGAGAAUCUGAACUUGAUGGUUCAUUUAGAAGCGACCACCUGAAUUUUAACGAAAAGCCCAUGGAAGGAAAUCGAGGCUUGGUGGAUGAAAUGGAUGACUUUGAAAAAGAAAAUCUCUUAGAGGUCAAGAUGACUCAAUUAUCCCUCAUAGAAGUCCUUGAGGGCUCUGAAGUUGCAGUCAACUGCAGUGAUGAACUUCUAGGCCUAUACACAAGACUAUUCGGCGACCCCUCCAAGGAAGUUGUUCCAACAAUAGUUCAACCUGUUGCAUUGGUACCUCCGAAAACCUAUGCAGGAACUAUUAGGACUAUGAAAGGAAGUAUAUUUGGACGGUCUCUAAAUAGGUCAGCGCGAAAAGAUAUGUUGGCUUCAAUAGAACAGAGCACAAUUUCUCAAAGACCAAAUACCGCGCAUUCCAUGGUCCACAAGGCACCAACUAUUCAAGUGACUCAUGAGAAUGGUACUGCCGGAAGACAACAACGUCGUCGUUCUGUAGAUCAUCAUGAAAAGCUGCAUAAAAAGGCAAAUCUCAGAAAUCCUUCUCAAGGGCCAGAUAGAAGCGCCAGUGUAGGGAGAACACAGACCGACGGAGCUACGACGGAAAUAGAUGGGCAAAAUCGGGAAAUUCGUUUUGAGGAGAGCUCAAAACCAAUACCUCCAUCCUCGCAGCAAAUGGAGCAGAAAGAACCGGCUCUCAAAGCAGCAAAUCCUAAUCAUGUCGUGGUUCAAGACAAUCGUCUCCCAAUUACUCCACAUUCAUUAUUACCAAGCCCCACGACACGAUUCUCCAAAGAUUCUGAGAGGCGACGAAGAAUAUCAACAUUAGUCCGAGUAUGGCUACUGAUUGCUGGCUUUUAUCGACGAGCAACCAUGUACGAAGAUGCUAAAGGUGCAAUUGAAGAAGCGCAUAAAUUGGUUAACGGGUUAGAGACAGAUAUUGUCAACGACCCUACCGGAUUGGCGUCGUUUGAUCAUCCUGGCUGGGGAGGCGGAAAAAGUGUGGAUGAAUUAUGGGGUGAUGUUUACUCCGAGGUACGUUGAAUCAAACAAGUUUUCGAAAUUUACUAAUGUCUUUUACAGCGUGGCUAUCUUUUUGUCGAUCAAUCUUCUCCAUAUACGGCACUUGAAAAUUUCGAGGCUGCUUUGAGCCACUCGGCAGAUCACCCUGCUGCGACUGUUGGGCUUUCCGAUAUUUUGCUAGACAUAUAUACAGAAGAUGUUCUGCCCCCACCGACCAUACCAUCUCUUGUUCUUCCCACAGUUUCUGCUAGUACUCCCUCAACCUCUAUCCUCAAUACCUCAGGUCAAUCAAAACCACAUCAGUCAUCAACACUCCCUGACUCGACUACAGGACCUCUUGGUCUUCCACUUCCUACUUGUCUCAAACGAGAUAUUCUCACUGCUCCAGAGAAGAAUGAAGCUGCUCAACUUGAUCGACUUGCAGCUCGCGACCGUGCCUAUGGACUUUUAUCCGGCUUAACAAAAUUAGGUUCGGGUUGGUAUUAUUCAGAAGCAUGGUAUUCAUUAGCCAGAGCUUAUGAACUAGGAGGCCAGAAGGAUAAAGCGAGAGAUGUGCUUUGGUGGUGCGUGGAAUUGGAAGAAGGUCGAGGCUUGAGGGCUUGGAAUGUAGCAAGUAGUGGUGGUUAUGCUCUCUAGUUAAUUGCGAGGUUGGGAAAUUCUGGGCAGUAUAUUGUGCAUAAUUGGAAUGAUAGAGGAUUUUUGGUUGUAGAUAUCAGAUAGAGGUUUGAGGUUUACAUAAUGUGGAUUAUUAAUUAAAUUAAAUCCGUUCAAGUAUCCGCCUUGCGUUUCAGUUGG